CGACGCUGGCUCGGGAAAGACCCCUUUCGCCGGGUGUUUUUGUCGAGGGAAGCUGUGUGUUUUGUAACAGUAACUACUCGACAUCUGACCUGUCCUUCAUCUGGCAUCAUGACAUACUACAAGUUCAGCGGUUUCAGCCAGAGGUUGACAGGGUCGGCACCGGCCACCGCCUACAGUCCACAGGGUCUGAGGUCUGGUUUGCCAGCAGAGCCUCCCACCAUGACAUUUGCUACACCCACCAAGAUGGUGUCAGAGUCAGGGGCCAUGGUGGAAUACCUAGGGGUGAACAAGGUGCCAUACUUCCAGAGACUGUUCCAGACAUCAGAUGGCGUUCCAGUCCAUCUGAAGAGAGGUGUCCCUGACCGACUGUUGUACCGCACCACCAUGGCCCUGACAGUAGGGGGAGCACUUUACUGCCUCGUGGCCCUCUACAUCGCUGCACAACCCAGGAAAACGACCUAAACCCAGUCCAGCCCUAUAUCCCCAGCCAUGUUCACCAGGGGUCUGUUCAGAAGGGCCCAACAUUACAGAAGUGUUCAGAUUCUUUAUAAUAUUCUAAAAGUUUCACCUCACUGAUGACACCCCUGGCUUGGCCCGGGAUCAACUAACCCGACACCUAUCACAUCAUCCACGGCUCGAGGACUGAAACUAUACAGAGCAAUUAUGUUGAGGAGGAACAAAAAUAUGAAUGUAAUUAUGAGAAAGUGUGAUGUCUGUCUGUCACAUUUGUAUAAAAAUAAGUUGAUAAAUGUGAUAAAAACAGUUAAAUACCCA